AAUGGCAGAUGAUCACGUUUUGCAAACUAAACUCUUCAAUUUCAUUUGCGGUAGCGGUGGUUUUGUCGACUUGACUGUUCUUCUGAAAUCAUCGUCGCCUCUAGGAAGCAGAAAAUCCGAAGAAUCAGCCAAGAAAUGGUUGGAAAGUCGUCAAGGACCUCGGGCUGGGUUCGCCUGCGUCAAAGAUCAAAAUGGCGAAAUCGUUGGUGUACGAGUUGAUUUGCGAAAGAAAGUUUGUUAUCGAUAUGCGACUAAAGGCAUUUGUCGCUUUCGACGACGUAAGCAAGGUAACUGCAAAUACUGGCACAUUUGUAAAACUUUCGUGGAAGGGAGAUGUGACGACUUUUGUGACCUUUCGCAUGAUUUUUACAGCGACGAUAACUGGGAAAUAGCGGAAGACCUCAACCUUCCUGAAGAUAAAUAUUCAAACGGGGCAAUGAAGAAAAUUGUAUCCUGGAGUUUGCCACAGGUUUGCGAGUUGUAUCAAAGAAAUGAAUGCACAUGGAGUCAAUGUCCGUAUAUUCAUGUUUGUGCCCAGUUUAUUGAAGAAUCGUCACAUUCAAAUUGUGUCUUGUCACAUGACUUGGAGGAUUCUCAUAACUUCAUGAUUCUCGAGAAAUACGACUUAGUACCAUCCAGUCAAGUAAUAAACAUUAAUUUUGUGCGAUGCAAUGUUUUGAUUUUGGAGGAACAGAAGCGCAUCAACACAGCUGUUGUCAAUUCUGAUCCAGGAAGGGAGCAAAACCGACCUUCACGUCCGUUCUCAGUGGUGCGAGAGGAAAUCGACCAAGCGAAAAAUGCCCGAGUCGCUCAAAUGCCUGAGUCGCUCAAAACCCUACGCGAGAGGUAUCAACUGAGAGAAACUAUUUUAAGCAAAAUGCGGAGCAGUGUCUCAGCGUUUAAGGAACAGCGAGUCGAUGAGUUACUAAACCAUAAAAUGCCAAGAGCAGCCUCCAUCAACUGUGUACCUUCAGAAAGUGAACCGGAAACAACGCGUUUAAAAUCUAACAUGAUGACAACAAGUACUGCUGUUGAUUCACAAACUCAAAGGGUUCCCUCAACCCCUUGUUUUCCAACCGAAUGGAGAGUAUUCGAAUGUCUGUGCAAAGAGUAUGGCUCAUCAGCAUCCAUCCAAAAUAUUGCAGGGCGAAAGGAUUUAUUCCCUCAUGGAGUAGAGGGCGCCGUAAGAUGGUUUCGUGAAACGACCAAGGGAAGCUUCUUGAUAACCAGAGGCAGCCAAGGAACGAUUACAGGAGUUAGGGCUUUCUCUGCAAGAGCUCGCAUUUGUGUGUGUUACAAUGAGAACGGAAGAUGCCAUAGAUCUGACUGCUCAUUUCUGCAUAUUUGUAGAGAUUUCGUCACUGACUCUUGUAGCAAUGGCGUAACAUGUUCGCUAAAUCACCACUUUCACAAUCAGAGAGACGAGGCCUUUCUGACCAGGAUCAAGCUCAGCCAGUUUACCGAACAGCAGCUCCACCAGCUCGUUCUUUCUUCAACACCUCAGAUUUGUGUGGAAUACAACAAUGGUGUUUGCAACCGUGGUGACGACUGCAGCAGGAUUCACAUGUGUUGUGGUCAUAUCAGGAAGUGUUGCAGUGCUAAAAAUGAAUGCGGCUUGGAUCAUGAGGAAGCGAUGGAUACCAAACACACUCAGGCAGUUCUUGGGCGUUAUUUGUUACACAAUGUUGCAAAAGCUGAAGCAAUUGCCAUGAUACUUGAUGAUAAACUUUGUCUUUCAGGCAAAGAGAAAGCAAAGGGACACAUUCACAAGGACAAGCCAGAUGCUUACAUCUGCUCAAGAUUUCUUAUUGACGAAUGUAAAAAAGGCACAGGAUGCCCAGAACAUCACUUGUCUAAGCCGUAUCACUGGCAGUAUAAAUGGUUUACGUCCGAUGAAUGGAAAAGUUUUGGUGACGUGGACAACUUUGCAUUGGAGAAGCUCUACUGUGACGUGAAUGUCGAGGCGCCAGUUAAUUUCAAGCCAGCACAAUCCCUUGAAGUCUCCUCUCUUCAAAGAUUAGGAAUUCGUUCUCUUGCCGAUGGAUAUGAAGUCAAGAUCGACGUUAAUAAUAUGACUUUGUCCAUUUCGCGAAGUUCACAACCACGCAGCUCAUUCGCCGGAGCACUAAGGCGACUGUCCACCGCUGCUUAUGAAACUUUUCCUUGUGGUGUCAUGGGUACGAAUUGGAAAUGGUACUGGGAAGACAAUGGCAAUGUUUGGCGUACGUACGAUAAAGAUCACUCGGGAAGCAUUCUGCAGGGCCACAUAGAGAAAGCUUUUCUCGAUGGCCGCACCAAUUACAAGUUUAACACCUCAGAGCACGAAUACAAUUUGGUAUUUCAUUCAGCAAGUAACAUGCAUCAAAUUAAUCUGAAACUUGGAACCAAGAGGGCGGUUAAAAGACGACCCGAAAAAGCUUUAACAAAUGAGGACAUGGAAGACUUGAUAUGGGCUUACGGAGAUUCCUCCAGAAGGAGAAAGAUAGAAAACAGAACAGCCAUGUAUAACGUUCCAAACCACUGGUCUUCCAUGCCACCCGAUGGGCAGUAUAUUCGCGUCAUGUUAACGACAUCAUCAAAGGAAUAUAAAGAAGUUGAGCAAUUGUUCCGAAAGUCGAUGAACGACCACAUUUCAAUUGAAAUUGAAAGGAUCGAGCGUGUACAGAACCCUUUCAUGUGGGAGAAGUAUUGCAGGUGA